GUCCUGUCGCUUUCGUGACCUUCGCAGCCUUGACCUCUUGCUGUUCUUCUUCGUCAAGCAUCCGAGACUUCCUACAUUCAGUGCUUAGGCUUGAUUCUACCUACUUCCAUAAGACAUUAGUUCGAGGGUCAACGAGAGAGACAAUAUGAAGUGGCAAGGCUGGAUUACUAGCUGUCUGCUGUAUAGUGCAACAAACGCUUUUCCUCAGCAAGAGGCUCUGAUCCGUAGCGCCAGCAAGGGAUGCGGCCAGUCACAUUUCUACCUCGGUGUCACUCAGUACAGAGGCCUCCAGUCCGGCAGUCGCGACCGUAAAUACUCAAUUCAUCUUCCGAUCGACUAUGACGCAAAUAGAGCUUAUCCUGUAGUGAUGGGCUUCCAUGGAUCGUCCAGCAUAGGGUUCUUCUUCGAGGCCGACAGUAAGAUGUCGGAAGCACGCUUCUCGGGAUCCAAGAUCAUGGUAUACCCUACUGGCGCUGAUGGGAAUUGGGCAGGUCCAAGCUAUGCAAAUGCUACAGUUGGAGAGGACUUGCAAUUUAUCGAAGACGUAUUGGCAGAUGUCAUGGGCAACUUCUGCGUCGACGAGAGGCGGGUUUAUGCAACUGGCAUCUCUAACGGAGGCGGAUUUGUGAACACGAUUGCUUGCAGCAGUACGGGCUCAAAGUUUGCUGCAUUUGCCCCUGGAAGCGGGAGCUACUACACGGAUCUGAACGGUCCUGAUAAUGGGUGUACUCCAGCAAGAAGCCCAAUACCUAUCCUUGAGAUCCACGGCGGGAACGACAAGUCUGUGCCAUACGCUGGUACACAACAGGGAGAAGGAGGGGCCGAACCAUCUAUCCCAGAUUGGCUCAGUUCAUGGGCAAUCCGCAAUGCCUGUACAGGACAAAAGCAGGAGGACAGUUUUGAUGGCGACGUGCACCAUCUAAUGUGGACAUGCGAUGGGCUUCAAGGAGUUCUGCAGCACUGGAAGAUAGAUUCAAUGGGUAGGUGAGAUUGACAUUACGCUGUACAUAUCUGACCUUGAUACAGGACACUGUUGGGCUGAUACUGAGCCAAACUUCUCUCAGCUGUCUAUUCCGGAGUUGCCAACUCAUAUACAAGCUAGCGACAUUGUAAUGAAGUUCUUCGAUCAGUUCGCCCUUCCUUGAAACGUCGAAGGUAGUGCUUGGCGCAACUUGAUAGCAAUAUGGGAGUUUGGCCUGUAAAUACAAUGAAUUACUAUGUUGAAAUGCAAUACUUGUAGCUUGUCCUUGGAGCAUUUUGCGGGUCAUUCUAUCGACGUGGCGCAACGCGUAGCAAACCUGACUUUAAAC